UUCGCCCAGAACGUGUGAUGAGUAGCCAACGGUGCCAAGGAAGCAGCGCUGCUUAUUUCGUUAUUUCAUAGCGAUUAAGACCGCGGAGGCGUCCAGCUUCGAGGCUAUGGGGAUCCACAAAUGAAGAUAUCAGAAUACGUUUAAAUGAUGUCAGGUUAGCUUGCUGUUAGCGUCGGGGGACUUCUUGUUAUGAUUCGGCGAUGUUUACCGUGAAGCCUUAACAGUCUCUGCUGAGGGCAAAGACAGUCAACCGGAGCGUGUAGCCCCUCGGCUGCACAUUCGGCAGAAAAAUACGAACUCAAAUAUUUCAUUUGUUCGCCUGUGUCGCGGCUGGCGGCAAGCCAAUAACUGACGCUGGAGCAGGACACGGAGGAUAGUAUGGCCAUGACGGAAGGGACUGCAGCUACCCUCCCCAUGAGCAACCACACCCGAGAGAGGGUGACUGUGGCCAAGCUGACACUGGAGAACUUCUACAGCACCCUGCUCACCCAGCACGAGGAGCGCGAGAUGAGGCAGAAAAAGUUGGAGAAGGCAAUGGAAGAUGAGGGUUUACCAGAUGAGGAGAAAGUAAUGCGUCGCUCCCAGCACGCCCGCAAGGAGACUGAGUUCUUGCGGCUGAAGAGGACGCGACUGGGCCUGGAUGACUUUGAGUCUCUGAAAGUUAUCGGACGAGGAGCUUUUGGAGAGGUGCGUCUGGUGCAGAAAAAGGACACGGGGCACAUCUACGCCAUGAAGAUUUUGAGGAAAGCAGACAUGCUGGAAAAGGAACAGGUCGCUCAUAUCCGAGCAGAGAGGGAUAUUCUAGUGGAGGCAGACGGCGCCUGGGUGGUCAAGAUGUUCUACAGCUUCCAGGACAAGAGGAACCUUUACCUCAUCAUGGAGUUCCUGCCCGGAGGUGACAUGAUGACCCUGCUGAUGAAGAAGGACACUCUGUCAGAAGAGGCCACGCAGUUCUACAUCGCAGAGACAGUGUUGGCCAUUGACUCCAUCCACCAGCUGGGCUUCAUCCACAGGGACAUCAAACCUGACAACCUGCUGCUGGACUCUAGGGGUCACGUGAAGCUGUCAGACUUUGGUCUGUGCACGGGACUGAAGAAGGCUCAUCGCACAGAAUUUUACAGGAACCUGACGCACAACCCACCCAGUGAUUUCUCUUUUCAAAAUAUGAACUCCAAGAGGAAAGCAGAAACCUGGAAGAAGAACCGCAGGCAGCUGGCUUAUUCCACUGUGGGAACGCCCGACUACAUUGCUCCUGAGGUCUUCAUGCAGACGGGCUACAACAAGCUGUGUGACUGGUGGUCUCUGGGUGUCAUCAUGUAUGAAAUGCUCAUUGGUUAUCCACCCUUCUGCUCGGAGACACCGCAGGAGACGUACAGGAAGGUGAUGAACUGGAAGGAAACCCUUGUCUUCCCACCUGAAGUGCCCAUCUCGGAGAGGGCCAAAGACUUGAUAUUAAAGUAUUGCACUGACGCUGAGAACAGAGUUGGUGCUGUGAGUGUGGAGGAGAUCAAGAGUCAUCAGUUUUUUGAGUCGGUGGACUGGGAGCACAUCAGGGAGCGGCCGGCAGCCAUCUCCAUUGAAAUCAAGAGCAUUGACGAUACCUCCAACUUUGAUGACUUCCCUGAAUCGGAUAUCCUUCAGCCAGCCAAUUCGACAGAGCCAGACUUCAAGUCCAAGGACUGGGUAUUCCUCAACUACACGUACAAGCGUUUCGAGGGUCUGACUCAGCGAGGCACCAUCCCCAUAUACAUGAAGGCAGGGAAGGCCUGACGGGCUCAACAGGGAGACUUGCGUUGUAGAGGAGAAAGGAAAAAAAAAAAAAAAAAAAGACGUUUACGGACACAGGGUCGGGCCCUGGAGCCCUGCUGGUGCUGAAGGCUGAGCUGUCAGUCAGCCUCUCAGUCUGAAUUUAACCUUCAUCGCGACUCAUUUAGGUCUGCUCAGCCACCGCGAGAACUCCCAAAAGCAUUACCGCAUUACCUCGGUUGUUUAUAUCGUAUUCCUGUGCUGUCUUUUAGCCAUAGCUCUCAGGCCACCUCACUAAGUAGGACACUAAUUGAGCAUAUCUGCAUGUUCGGCGGCACAUUGCUUUUUGGAGAGAUUUUUUUUUCACUGCCUAAAGGCAGUAAAACGGUGAGGCUUGAAGACGAAUCACUGCUUCAACAUCUUUGCAUCGAUAUACAUUUUUACACUGGUGGUUAAAUUGGCUUACGAUGCAAAGAAUUCCUGAUACCGAAGACAUGCUCUAUACACUGUAGUCAAACUCUGGAUUAUUGGUGAGAACCCUUCGCUCGUCCUCACCCACCUGCUGUUCAUAGAUUUAAAGGAUAGUUCCAGCAUGAUUUCUAGUGUUUUUUUUUUACUACUGCUCCAGUUCACAAAAGCUUCAGUUUAUUGGACAGAGGCAUCUUGACUGGGUUGUGGUUGUCAGGAUGUGGAGGCUGAUGCAACCUUCAGCUUCAGCUUCCAUGUCAGGACAUACUGGCAGUGCGACUUCUUUCUUUGUUUGGAACAUGCUAGUCUGCAAAUGCUAGUUGAUGCCACUGAAAACUCAGCUGUCAGUAGGGACAGCUCAAUAACUAUAGGAUGUGUUGCCAUGAAAUUUGAUAGUGACAUUUUAAUUUUAAUAAUCUUGCUGUCAUGAACAUUUCAUCAGCCACCAUCAUUGACAACACCUCUAAAAGUGAUUGUGUGUUCACACUGGACGCAAAUCUUUCGCAUCGCUUUGCUCGCACGAGUUGUGCUAACUCGCGUCAUCAGACAAAGACAGACACACUUCCUCGUUGCCUUUCUGCCAAGCCCUCACCUUCUUCACCCAGUCACGAUGCAAAUAGCAACCCAGUCUGGCUGCACACACACAGCGACAGUAGUGAUCCUCCAUCCCUGAUACAAUGACAGGACGUCUGACGACAGUGAAGGAGGGUGGAUCUCGACGCUAAUUGGCUAUCGCGUCAAAGCGUCACGCAAAUAUUUUGCUGAAGUUCAAACAUUUAGAAAAAUAUCGAGCGGCCCGAAGUGACUAACGACAAUUUCUCACAAUCCGCGUCGCACCACUCAAUGAAGCGAAAUUUGCGUCUUGCCGCGUCUUUGCAUUGACUUGUAUGUUAUCUACUCACGCAAAUAAUUCGCGACGCGUCCGGUGUGAAAGCAACAUUAGGGUAUUCAGCUUCUGCUGUGCCUGGCUAUUUUGCUUAUGUACUAAUUAUCAAAUGUUAGCAAGCCCUUACACUAGACUAUUGUGCUGAACAUGGUGAACAUUGCACUUGCAAAGCAUCACAUACUGUGUUGAGGUAAGCAUUUAGCCCAAGGGCACCACUGUGUCACAGACGGCUACUGUAGCAGGAUCUACGAAUGAGGUCGGACAGGAAGUGGGUGGAAAGAUUUUGUCACAGUCGUGACACGUCACAGGUGUGUAAUUGAGAUAAAAUUGAAGGCAGAGUUCAACGGUGCGCGUGGCUCUACCCACGGGUGGUGAGUAAUUCAGUAAUGAAGACUGAGUGCUCAUUUAAUAAUGUGGUAAUUAUUGUCAACAUGUUGACGGGCGUGGCAGCUGGUUGAUCCCAUCACACAAUGUCUCUAGUUAGGGUUGGUUUGGCCUAAUAAUACAUCUACAACAUUCAUUUUUCUCCAUGCGGCUUUGAAGUGACUGAAGCUCAGUGAGUGAGUGUUUUUUUAGAAAGGAUUUAAAAAUUGUUGAAAUGAUACAGAAUAUAAUACAAACAAGUGAAAACUAAAAUCAUGCUGGAAUCAUCCUUUAACCCUCAUGGUGGUGACACUCUCUGUGUCAGCUCAGUGGGCGAAACUCCUCCUGCGGUGUUGCUUUUCUCACACAGAGGAACAACUUGUUGCCAAGAAACACCUGAAUGCAGUUCACCCUGCGCUCGACAUCCGUUUGAUCUUUCACAUCGCCUAACAAACUGCUGCAGUGUGUCACUUCACUUUGGAGCCAGUUGUUUAGUUUCGACCAGUGCUUCAGUUAUUGAUAUUUCCCCUGAUUAUAAUUCCAAUCACUCGGGACAGCCGAUCGCUUCCUCCUUAGACGGACAUAACAUGCAAAGUGCCUUUUUAUAUAUAUAUAUAUUUAUUUAACCACAUCUUUUAGAGAUGUAAUGAGAAACUAAUUAGAAGUAAGAAACAAUAAUAAGGUUUAGUGAAAAAUAUCGACGAGAGACAGAACAGCAAGAGAAUGAAAAGUUAUUCAGCGUUCUAAGUCUGCUUGUAAGAAAAGUUCCUCUCUCUGAGGACACAUAAAGGUCUGGUGUGUCCGUCAUGUUUAUUAUACUUAGAGUGAUAAAACCUGUGAGUUGAGAGAAGUGAUAAAACAGAGUGAUAAAACAAAGGCAGUAUAGACAAAAGCUUAUUUUUAUCGGUUAGAGAGGGGAUCAUAAAAAUCUACUGCGUCAAGGCAAACGCAUCGAACAAAUGGUCUUUGUUUGGCAAGUGAAAAAAAACGAAGAGAAACUAGGUAAGAACACAUUAAUGUCGUGGAUAUGUUAGAUACGUGUAUGAUGUUUUUACUUUGAGGUUUCUAAAUGUCUGAGUUGAUAUUAAUUAGGUUUCCAUUCAUACUUUUUUCUUUUAAAGCCUCGAAAGUAUAGGCCUCUCUUUCUCAAAGAAGGGAAUCAUCACAUCCGCUCGGAGUUGUCACCAAUCACAGCGCUAGAAAAAAAAUAGUUACCAAAGAACUUUGAUCGUCACACGUCGUGAUCUGAACACGCGUUCAGGUGUAGCCGUCGCUUGACUGCACUUAACUUCAAACUACCUUUUAGAUAAUAAAAAAAAAACUGUUUUCCAUUUAAUUUGCUAUUAUUGUUUCGACACUGUCAGAAAGUGAGUGUUACCAAGACGGACGUUUGUCAGUCGGCGCGUCCUUUAAGUGUCAAGAUGCGAGAUAAGCUGUAAGUGUACAUGGAGGGACAGGAAAUACAUGAACUAAGUUUAGCUGUAGCCAUAACAGGCAUCUCACAUUGGACCAUCUGUGCUGCUAUUUUAGAGGAACUGAUGGAGGAAGUAAGUGUUUGAAAUAUUAGUGUUUUAUUAUAAUACACCUACCCCAGCCUCUUGCCUUUUUAAAAAAAAAAUAUAUAUCUUUAACCUUAACUCAUCCAGGAACAUUAUUUAUUAUUCCUCAUGUUUAUCUUGAAGGUGAUUUCAAGAAUUAGAUUUUGUGCUUACGCUCAGUGAAAUCAGAAAAUGUCUGGGGGGGAAAUAAAUGCAAACCAAUCUGGAUCAUAUCAGAAAGACAACCUGGUUCAGACUGAUCGGUGCCAUAUCCCGUGAUAAAAAUCCAAAUGUCUGGGUUGAACCCAAAAACAAAUGACCAGGCUGCAGAAAGCUUUGGCCUGACAUCAGUACAAGUAGCAGGACAGAUGCACGAUGGGGGAUUUUGCUGAUGGCUACCGCUUCAGGGUUCACGGCCGUGUCUAAUCAUUGGAGUACACGGACACUAACUGCUGUAUCCAGAGCCUCUUCAGUUUCAGAGCCGGACUGUUACCAUUGUUCGUGCGCGAUUGUGUGAUGAAGCUACAGGUGACAAAAAAAAGGGAAGAAAUUUUCAUGAAGUAGAUACUCUGUGCUUCUCGUUGUGGUGUCAAACUCAUGUUCUGUGCUUGUAAUAGAGAAAUUAUUACACUUUUGUUGUUAUCACAAGUCUGUGUGCAGAAAAAGUAUACAAGAUGACUUGAACUCCAUUGCUGUGACACUUUAUCCAAGAGGAGCUAAAUUAUUGUGACUUCAUUAUUUCCACAAGGUUGAGAAGAGUUCCGGGAUCUGGAAAAACAGUGUUCGACGAUUCAUCUGUGAACGACCAAACCAGCUUUCUGACUCUCCCAAUGUGUCGUUGGUCGUAUUAACAUCACAGAAUCUGUCAUGAACGGAUGUUCAGAGAAUACAUUUACCCAACUCAAAGAGCAAGGAUGAUGUACAUAUCCUUUAAAUAAAAAAUUAAAAAGCCAGUGACACCAAAGUCAAAUAUAAAAGCAAAUGAAUGGUUCAUUCCCAUAUAGCCUCUAGUUUCAGGCGUAAAUAGUCAACCUUUCUGCCUCGGGAACCUCAUAUGCGCAGUGACUUGGCUCAUCAUUUUGAAUCCCCCUCCCCCCCACGAAUUGUGAAAGGGUUUAAAAACCCUCUCUGCAGGCCAGGACGAUGUUGUGAGGUGUUUUAGUGUAACGACGUGUACAUAUUGUGGUAGACAAUGAAGGAGGGAGGGCUCAUUAAUAUAUUCAUUCACACUGGUGAUUUUUUAUGUAGAUAAAAUGCUUAAAAUGAUAAUAAAAAAAAUUAAACACUUAAA